UGAAAAUGUUUCGUUUAUUUGAAGCACUUCUUUUGCUGUGUGUAUGGCAGUUGGUGUAUAUUUCAGAUGCUUCUCCUCAAUUUGGUAUUUCAAAAAUUGGGGUUUCUUGGAUUGAAGCUGUUCAGUACUGUAAAUCAAAUUCAUGGCAGUUAGUCAAAAUUGAGAAUAAAGAAAAAAAUGACGCAAUUGCUAAGUUUCUGCUAGAAAGAAGUGUCGUUCAUCCAGGAGAAGCCGUUUGGACUUCGGGUACCAAAAGAACUAAUGGUACAAAAUGGCGCUGGAUUGAUGGAAAAGAUGUGACAUUCACCAACUGGAACACUGGUGAACCAAACAACAAGCGAGGUGAUCUAUCCUGCAUAUCAGUAUACAGAUCAAAGUCGGGAGUUGCUGUUUGGGAUGAUGUACCAUGCGAAGCGAGCGAUGUAAAAUAUUAUCCCCUGUGCGAGAAAGAAUUAUGUUUUCUUUUAAGUUAACUCUAUGCAUUGUCACUAAUGAAAUAAAAGUUGUGGUGUAUUAAGUAAAUUAUAACUUGAUUUUCACCAAAUAAAAUGUCAGAAAUAUAUUUAUAGUAGUUAAUAAAGCUGUCUUUAAUAAC